AUGGGUUGUUUCCACUCCAAAGUAAGGGAAAUUCCCAUGGAAGAUCCGUUUGCUCUUGCGUCAGAGACAGCUUUUAGUGUUAGUGAUGUUGAAGCACUAUAUGAGCUGUUUAAGAACAUUAGCAGGUCAGUCACUGAUGAUGGUCUGAUAAGCAAGGAGGAAUUUCAACUGGCAAUUUUUAAUAAUAAGAAGAAGGAAAACCUCUUUACGAGUCGGAUCUUUGAUUUAUUUGAUGUCAAGAAGAAAGGAGUGAUUGACUUUGGUGAUUUCGUUAGAGCACUCAAUGUUUUUCACCCAUCUGCACCAAUGGAAGUCAAAAUAGAAUUUUCGUUUAAGCUGUACGAUCUAGAUAACACAGGAUUUAUAGAGCGUCAUGAGGUGAAGCAAAUGAUAAAUGCACUUCUAUGUGAAGCGGAAAUUAAGUUAUCAGAGGAAACGAUAGAAACAAUUAUCAACAAGACUUUCAUGGAUGCUGACCCUAAUCAAGAUGGGAAAAUAGACAAAUAUGAGUGGAAAAACUUCGUUUAUGAAAAUCCUUCAUUGUUGAAAGUUAUGACGUUACCCUACUUGAGGGACGUGACCACUGCUUUUCCAAGUUUUGUGUUUCAUUCAAAGGUGGAGGAUGAAAUUGCAGAAUGA